AUAAUGCACCGCACGGAAGUCUAUACAGACUGCAGCAAAUAACGAAACGAACCCAAAAUGAAAUAAGAUACAUGAAAUAAAAAAUUAACCGACGUAAUGACGUGUACAGUGCGUGUUUAAUGAGGACGUCGUUUUCAAUGUUUUCUCCAUUGAAACAAUAUAAAUGAAACUGCUUCAAGAUGUAUAAACAGCUAUUCACGAUUUUAGUGAUAAUAUUGCUAGCUAUAGCAACGCUAUGUAAAGCAGAGUGCCAGACUCGACAAAUAUAUUGUUAUGAAUGUGAUAGUUGGUCAGACAUGCGUUGCAAGGACCCUUUCAACUACACUGCCCUUCCGAAAGACCAACCGCCCUUAAUGACUUGCAACGGCUGCUGCGUAAAGAUGGUCCGGAAUGCAAAAUCACCGUACGAAGUGGUCCGCCGAACUUGCACCUCGCAACUUCAAAUAAACUUGUUUAUGGUAGAUCACGUGUGCAUGAUGGAAAGUAGCGGAACAGGUCACAUGUGCUUCUGUGAGGAGGACAUGUGUAACGGGGUGAAAACGUUGAACCCCAACACGUUAACACCAGUAGUUGCUGCCCUUCUUUUAAGCAGCCCAUUCUGCAUGUUGUUGAGUUAGACAAAUAUUUACUUAGAUAGCCUUGUUGACUUAGACAGUUGUUUCGAAGAGCUAGAGAAUUCCAAGUGCGCAGACAUUUUUCAAUUCGGUAAUAACUUUUUUAAGCUUCCGACGAAAGAAUCAAUGUGGUUUUAAAUCGUAAUCUACAACGUUUCCAAUAAGCAUGGCGAUGCAGGGUGUUCCGAAAUCAGACCUCAAUUACAAAAUCUUCGUUUUUAAGAUUAAAAAUUAAUACAAACUUUUGGUUAUUAAUUUUUGGUAGUUUUAAUUGGCAAAUUUAAAAAAAUAAACUCAAACAAUAUAGUGCCAUUUGCUUCUAAAUUUGCAAACUGAAAAUGUUGCGACCUAGUGAAGUACGAGAAAAGUACAUGAUUUCUGUAAAAAACGUAAAAUUCAUUGUUACAUUGAACGUAAAGAAUUGAUCAAAUUCACCAAAUUUUAUUGAAACUCCUUGAAUCUGAAAAAAAAAUUACUCCCCAUAUCCCAAAGUUGUUGAUCGUAGUUUAUAAGAACUUCUCUCUUUUUUGUGGUUAAAAUAUUGACGUCUAAUUUCGGGGCACUCCAUAUUUUAGUGAACGUGGUGAUAACAGCUUGAUGCCAAAAAUAUUGACGCUAAACGUAUAAUAAAUAGUGCACGAACGUCAAUUUGUAGGUACGUAUUUCGAUUACCCAAAAUUCUCAAUUUUUAUGCAAGACGUAAUUUUAAAAUAAUCUUUAAUAUUAGAACCUCUUAAACAUUUUAUUACCCACUCAAUAUUUAGUUUCCAUACAGUAAUCAAUCACAGUGUCUGUCAAUUAUUUUGCCGAUUUUUGGCAAUAUAGCGUACUUUUUCAAAAAGAAACGGACACACGUUACUUAUUCAAAUUGUUACGAAUGCCACUAACGGCGACUGGUUUAAUAAUAAUAACAAUAAAUCAUUUUCCUGAAAAGUAAACACCGAAUAUUUUGAUUAAAUAAUUCAAUAUUCAGAGAAAGGCAAAAUGCGAAAAAGUACCAAACCAAUGAUACCGACCAACAGAUACGAUUAAACCUCCAGCGUAACAAUGAUAUGUUAAGACUAUUAGAAUCAAAUAUACGUCCUAUUUGUCAAAGGUUUUCGGGUUGCGAUGCACUAAUGCAAACAGCAAGCCUCUAUGCGGAGAUGCCGAGGCAAUGGGGUAACAUCCUUUAUUUAAACAACUUUGUCGCACUUGAAGUUUAAGGGUGCGAUAAAAUUUUUCAUCAUCUCUAUACCGAUUAUAGAUCUACUAUCGACAUUUUUUUUUUCAUUUCUAUAAAAAUAUCCAUAUUAUUAAGUGUAUUAAUAUCAGUUCAAGAAACGUUGUACAUAAUGAGUACAUAAUUUCUCUUGCUUCUGGAGUUUUACCAAUUACUUACACAAAUCCAGAAACUAAUGUGUCUUCUUUGUAUUUUUUAUUUUGUCGAUUUUGUUUUAAUUUUAGUCUUUUUAAGGAACAACACAAUUUAAUAAAAUUAACUUUUCUAUGUCGACCAAAAUAUGUCUGCUAAACAAAGGCUUGACAAUAAAUAUCUUCUUGUAAUGUAAAAAUUGAGAGCAUUGGUCUUAGCUUUAUCAAUACUUAAAACUUUUGAAGACCAAUAAGUUUCUAAGCAAUAUCACAGUUAAUUAGUUACAAAAAAAAUCCAAACAAAUAGUCCAGGUCAGAAAAUACAAUUUUCUCUCGUAGUAGUGCAUCGAUUUGAAAAAUAAUUUAUCUUUUAUCUUGAGUCAUUUUUAAAGCGCCUACAUAUACCGAGAUUUGGCUUAUCUUUAUUACGCUGAAGGUUUGACCGAUAAAAUUUUUCGUCAUCUGUAUAUACAGUCCGUCGUUCACCUUGUUUAAUGGAAAAAUAGUAUAAUUUCGACACUUUUUACCAUUGCAUAUUUUAAAUUAUUACUAUUUUAUUGUAAAGGUUCCAUAACGAUUAUAUCCACUUUAGUUAGUUAACUGUUACUGAAACUAACUGCCAAUUAACUACAAAUACUAUAAGUGCGACAAUACGCAAAUAACCAAUGUAUUAUGUUUUUUUAAUAAAUAUCCUACAUUUCACAAACGAUACCUCAAGAAUUUUUAGGAAAAAACCUUUACAUAAAAAUUCAAAAAUAAGUUCAAAUUUGAAUUUUCCCUUUUCCAAUUUUUUCAAAAAUUCUUGGGAAAUCGCCUUAUGAAAUAUCGGCCAUUUAUUAAGAAACACCCUUAUUUUAUUAGGCACUUAUUACAAGCUACAUUUUACCACGUGAUGAGUUCUUAUAUGCUGCAGCUAUAAUUCGCCGAUACCAGAAGUACAUAUUUGGUCAAUCGUAACAGUUAUUAUACAUUCUCGUGUGUUUGUUAAUAAGGUAAAUACCAUAUCACGCAGAAACGUUUAACAAUAAUUGUCGAUCAUAUCAUUGAGAAACUUAUUAAAGUUUUCGUUCGAAAAUUCGAAUCGAAAACGACUUUAAAUUUCGUUUUGCUUAAUACGUUCCAUAUCAAAUCAUAUAAAUUUCCUUCGCUCAUAGUAUAAAGCCAGUAAUACUAUCGCUAACAAGUAUCAUGCGGAAACUACUUGUAAAUUAACAUUUUACUCCUAUUAUUAUUAAUAUUCGCGUCUUUGAUUUAGUAAUUUAAAGUAAGUUAAUACCUACACAAAUUUUAUCGAUAUGUUAAAUAAAAUUAAUAUUCCUGUACAAGGGCCUCUACUUUUACAUUUAUCGUCAUUUUGCAAGCAAUAUAGUACGCCAAUAAACAGCAAAGAGUAUGGUAGAGUUCACAUUCAUUUAGUUAAAUCAUUUACAAGAUUCAGACCUCUAAACCGGAUGUCCAUCACUUCACGUCACAAGCCAUACUUCUUUUAUUUAUCAAGAUACGACAGUUAUUAUUAAAAAUACCUUUUAUAUUUAAUGUUUUUGUUUAAAUAUACAAAAGUUCUAGCCUGUGACGUUAACUGUAACACGCCCGGUAUAAGUUCAUCCCAUGUAGAACGAUUUGAAGAUUGCCAACAAAAAAAGAGGACUAACGAAAUCGUCAGUUUAAUGCAGAAUUUUUUGUAUUAUGGGAGAAAUUUUAUCGCAACUCAAUAUUUCAAAGAUAUAUUGAAAAUGUAUUUCUGAAAAUAGUAUCUGUAACAAAUUUCAUGACUUCUGCACUACUUUUCGAUUUAAAAAAAAUAUGUGAUCACCUACUUGGGACGAAAUUUAGCAAAUAAUUGAUUUGACCAUUUUCAGAGCAUGCUUGUGCAUGAUGUUAUCCCUGCACAUUUAGUUCAAGAAUGUUUCUGUUUGAAUGCGCUUCUCAGUUUUACAAUAGUAUUAAAAAUAAUAUAUACUUUCGCGCAAUUCUAUCCAUACACCAAGUAUUAAGACAGUCUGCACUGAGUGUCAACGAAUAUACUAAAUAAGCUAUAACUGCUAUAGAGCAUUUGGAGUAUCAGAACAAAAAUUGUUAGAAAUAAAUGGCACAAAAGAGCAAAGUUUUUGGAAUUUUUUCACUUUUCGGUUGUAUUCGGUUUCACUACAAUUUGCUGCAAAUCAUAGAAAGAAUAAAAACUGUUCAAUAAUAGUCAUCAAUAAAUUAGAAUAAUAAAAGUUCACUGUAUUUAGGGAAUUUUUAGAUUAUUCACUUUUCGAUUAUACAGGGUGUCCCAAUUCUUCGGUAGCGACAUAUAUAUUUUAUUGCGUUUUUGGCUUUAGAGGUAAAAACAAGGGUAAUUUUCAUCAGACCCACCUGUUCGCUUUCCACACGGCUUAGGAAAUAUUUAAGGUAUGUAACAUGUUAUUGAAAAAUCAGCAUAUUAAAAAAAGCUCGCAAAGACACAAGACUUAUGUUUUCGUGAUUUUCGAGUCUAGAAUUAUAUUGGGUGUUAUUUUUUACUGAUGAGUUUCGAAAUUUGUAAAUGCCGAGAUCUUUGUUUAAUUGCACACCCUGUAUAUUACUGACUAACUUUAGUAGAACGCGCAUGAAACAUCUUCUAUACCUAUAUGUGAUUUUAUUCUUUCUCAUUUUUUCUUCUAUUUUUUCAUUCUAUUUUAAAAAAUUAUGUAACACACAGAGAAUUGCAUGCCUGAAAAAAAAAACUAAAUUAAAAAUGUUUAUCUAAGACAAAAACAAUAUAGUAAACAAAUGCUUUUGUUGUGAAUAAUCCAAGGAAACAUUUCAAUGCAAGAGAAAUGCAUGCGUGAAAAAUUACCUUUUCUGAAAAUUCCCUUAAAAAUAAAAAAAAAAUAUGGGCGACCUUAUGUGAAAGACCUGAUAUGUUCAUAUGACAUGCAUAGUUUGCGCUAUCCAGAUAAACCGAUUAACUGGAUUUUAGCACUACUAUUUUAUCCUUGAGGAGUGAAAUUUUACAAUGGUACCUAUAUAGAGAACCCUAACAUGAACUUCGUCGAUACUUUAUAACAAUAUAACAAUUCAUGAGUUGAAAUUUCUAGAAUUACGUAAGAUGAUUUUAAGGAAAAAAGUUUAUAUAAAUUUUGGCUGUUGAAAUUAUUAAAAAAAACGUUUUUUUCUCAUUUUCAUUGAAACUACUUUAUAUUUUGUUGCAGUUCACACACCCCAUUAAAGAAGUACAUAAUGACUUUUGGGUUGAAACAUGGUAGGUUGAUAGAAUCGGUUCCUGGCUCCUUUUUAAAAUCUUAAGCGUAUAACGAUAUGCAACUAAACCUUUUUAUUGUUUUCCGUAGGAACGCAUUCGAUUUUAAAAAUGUAAUGUAAAACAGUGGCGUAUCGUUUUUUCUCUCUUUGAAGUAAUUUUCACUCAAAAAAUUGUUUCUAUAAAUCAGUUUUUUUUAUUUUCAAACACUUUGUAUAUCAAAAAUAAAGCGAUUACAGACCUACAUUGCUAUAAAUUUUUCUUUUUCUUUUCUUAAAAUCAACCUUCAAGGGUCGGCAGUUUAUUUUGAAACCUCCUGUAUAGUCUGAUCGAAACACGAGUUCACCUCUUUGCUUUUGAAAUUUACUCAUCGAUUCGAUAAAAAGUUAGCUGACUUUAUUAAACAAAUAAACGUGGUGGUAAGGGGUUAACAUGUUAUAAAUUAGUGUGGGAAGGGGAAAUUGGUUUUGGCACACAUCAGAAACGAACAUCCAGUAUAGAUAUUUCUAUACAGCUAUAGAGAAUAAGAAAAUUUUCUUAUAUUAAUAAUCCAUGGUAGGUAUCUAAUUGUGUUGGCAUAAACAUCCCAGCAUGAGCAUGUGAAAACCUUUAGGAAAAUAAUUAUUUAGUUAAAACUCAAGAACACUCCACCUCACGGAAGUAAGGCCUUUUCUUGUUAUUUACUUUAUGUACACGACUGAAAUAUUGCUUACGCAAAAUCAGCUUUUUAUCCUAUACCAGUUUUGGUAUUCGAUAAAAAGCUGGUUAAACAAAAUUUCAGUCCCACUUAAAUAACAUAUAUACAUAUAUAUAUAUAUUUUUUCAAUUAAUGUAACUUUAAACACUGUUAUUGUACUAAAGGGAGAAUUGUAAAUAAA